AUGUCUGUGGCAAGAGAGAAACUACAGGAGGCCUUGUGCCAGUACAUCACAGAUACCCUUAUCGACAUCAACACAGUGAAAGAAUUCUGUGAGAUCAAUGAAUGGGUGAAUGAGAGGAACAUAGAGUUGAACAUGUUCAUGGACAUUAAGGUCAAAGCUGACAAAAUUGACCUGAGCAUCGGUCAUGUUACCCAUUCAGAGAGCAAAGGCAAGGCUUUGGGGGAAUAUAUGAUGAGUAAAGUGACCCAAGUGACUGCAGACAGCAGGCGUGAAGAGCUGGAGCAGGAGCUUGCUGGUGUGUUGAAGGACACACUGGGAGGACUGGAGAAGCUCGACUGCUUCCUGGAUGCAGUGGAGAGGCUGGCGGUCACCUCGCUGCAUGUGUUUAGUGAGGAGAACCGGGUGUUACAUCUGCCCCAAGAGAUCAGUCCUGUCACUGUUCAGGUUGUCAUCAAAGCUGCUCGGGAGGUUUGUCCUCUCCUCCUCGAGUUUAAAAGAGAUGCAAAGGCCUUCUUCCUUCCCAAACUUCAGAAUGUGGAAGUCCUCGAAUAUAAGUUGAAAAAAUACAUCCAGACCGCCCAGAAGAUCUGUGAUGAGUUAAAGAAAAGCUCUUUCAGUGAGUCUCACCUGAGUGUGAAUAUGGAAACUGUGGUAGAUCUUGGUGAGGAUUUUUCUGAAGAUGACAUACAAAGGAUGCUUCGUCACAUUAAUGAGCUUAAUAAAAUCAGGAUAGACCAGCACUUCCGGAUGUUGUUCUUGUUCGAGAAGGACUCAUGUUGUCGCUUCAUCAGUGAGUUUGAUGAUCGACAGCCCAGGAUGCAGCAAUUUCUAAAUGACCUGGAGGAAUGCGCUGUUCACCUAUACAGCAUGAAUAAGGGAGCAACAAUCUCCAGUGUGGCAGGAAGCUCUGUGGGGGCAGUUGGAGGUAUUCUUUCCAUCAUUGGUUUGGCAUUAAGUCCUUUAACAGCUGGAACGUCUCUCCUUCUGACCGUGACAGGGCUUGGACUGGGAAUUACCAGUGGAGUCAACAGUGCUGUCACCACAGCUACAGAGAUUGGAGUCAACUACGUAUAUCAAAAGAAAGCCAGCAAAGCCUUCCAGAGCUUCAUGGAAGAUGUGCAGAGUCUCCAGGAUUGUCUGGAUGAGGUGUCUAGUCAAACAGUCACCAACACAGAAGUAAGUAUGACAGAUGUGGCUGUGGGAGUGGGCGAGGUCACUUUGUCAAUUGUUGACACUGCCUCUGCUAUUAAUGAUACAUUGAAAAGUAAAGAGCUGGUUGCAGGUGUUGGCAAAGUGGUGACCCAGGAAGGUGUAGCAUUACAUAACGUGGUGUCAGAUAUCCCAGAUAUUGGUCAGGCAGCAGUCAAAGGGCCCCUUGCUCUUACCAAAACAGCCAUGUUCUUCGAUGCUCUUUUUCUUGGCAUGGACUUCUUCUUCAUCUGUUAUGGCAGCAUCAGUCUGGCCAAAGGCAGCGAGACUGAAGUCUCAAAGUUCAUCAGAGCCAGAGCUGCACUUUGGAGCUCAGAGAUGAACUCAUGGCAGAAGAUCCAUGAUUCACUAAGUCAGGGUCUGCUGACAUCAGAGAAAAAACGAGCUACCUUGGAGACGCCAUUUGAGCCGGAGAUGGAGAUCAAGACAGAUGAAGAAACAAAAAUUGAGUUACCAUCUGAUGAAGUGGAUGAAAAUUGUGAUGACUCCUUCACGGGCAGAGAUGCUCACUUCCUCCUUAAUCUCUACAAAGAGAAGAAAGUGUAA